AUGCUGCUCAACAGGCUUCUCGCUCUACUCGCUCUGCGUUCGAUCGCCGUGCUUGCUUGCGGGCGAGAACACCUCCGUUCUCAGGUGUUUGACCCGCAUGUUGCUCUUUCAAAGAGGCAGGAGACCGUGUUUCCUCCCGCCCUAGACCAGAAUGAAGCCAUCUUGCUCAAUUCAUUUGACAACACCACCAUUGAGAGUUGGAGCUACUAUUAUACUCACGGUCUCCAUGUGGCAGGUACCAAUCAAUCAAUGGCCCAGUGGACGGCCGAUCGCUGGAAUGAGUACGGCUUCACGGCGGGCUUGGUAUCAUACUAUGUCUACCUGAACUACCCGGUGUCACAUUCAUUGACCGUAUCCUUCGCCAACGGUUCGACUUUCUCACCAUUACUCGAGGAGGAGGUAUUGGCAGAGGACGAGACGACGUCUUAUCCCAACAGAGUGCCUACUUUCCAUGGCUACUCCUUCACUGGCGACGCUGAGGCCGAGUACGUCUACGUCGGACGCGGCCAAAAAGUUGACUUUGAACGCCUAAAGGCAUUGGGCGUGCAGCUCGAAGGCAGAAUUGCACUCGCGCGCUAUGGCGGUCCAUUCCGCGGACUCAAGGUGAAGAACGCGCAGGAUAAUGGCAUGAUCGGGUGCAUUAUCUUCACAGACACCGCAGAUGAUGGGAACAUUACGGAGGCGAAUGGCUAUGCAGCAUAUCCAGAUGGACCGGCGAGAAACCCUACCUCAGUACAACGUGGCAGUGUCGAAUUUCUCUCCACGUACCCAGGUGAUCCCGAAACACCAGGCUACCCGUCGAAAUUUGACUCGCCAAGGUCGGACAGGUCUGUGGUGACACCUCAGAUACCGUCUCUGCCGAUCUCGUGGAAAGAUGCACAGCCCCUCAUCCAAGCCCUCGAUGGACACGGUCCUGACGGCCAGACAAUCAACCGCACCAACUGGAUCGGCAAGCUCAAUGCGACCUAUUCGAGCGGACCGGCUCCAGGGACUACUAUCUCCAUGUCCAACGUCAUGCGCGACGAGAUCACCUGGAUCUGGGACAGUAUCGGAAUCAUCAACGGCACUAAUGAGGACGAGGUCAUCAUCCUCGGAAACCACCGUGAUGCCUGGAUCGUGGGCGGCGCGUCCGACCCCAACUCCGGCUCUGCCGUCUUGAUAGAGAUGGCCAAAGCGUUCGGGGCGCUCUUGAAGACCGGCUGGAAACCCAAGCGCACAAUCGUCUUUGCCUCCUGGGACGCAGAGGAGUACGGCCUGCUCGGGUCCACCGAAUGGGUCGAGGAGUACAUCCCCUGGCUCAAGGACUCGGCGGUGGCGUAUCUCAACCUCGAUGGGGCCACUUCCGGUCCCAACCCGGAACUGUCCGCCACUCCCGAACUGCACAAGAUCGCGACCGAGACCAUGAAGAAGGUCGUCUACCCCUACCACGGCUUCAACAACCUGACAUACUACGACGUCUGGUACGGCUUGAGCGAAGGCGAAGUGGGCGUGCUCGGUUCGGGCAGCGACUAUACGGCGUUCGUGCACAAUGGCAUUGCUUCGCUGGAUACGGGAUGCGGCGGUGGGGCCAAUGAUCCCAUCUACCAUUACCACUCCAACUACGACAGCUUUCACUGGAUGACCACGUUUGGUGAUCCGGAAUUCCUCACGCACAAGGCUGUCGGGCAACACCUGUCCCUGCUGGUCUACCAUCUCGCCAACGAGGACAUCAUCCCCUUCGACGUCGAGAACUACGGCGUGCAAAUGACUCUGUACCUGGACGACCUCGCCGACCUCGUCGAGUCGGAAAACGCCACUUCCAGCGUUGAUCUCUCGCCCCUCGAAGCCGCCAUCUCAGCCUUCAACGCGUCAGCUCAGGCAUUCACCUCUUUCGUCCAAACCGCCUCCACCGACGCCGACGUCAAACUCGCCAACGCCAAAUUGAGGGACUUUAGCCGCGGAUUCGUCUCCCAGGGCGGCUUGCCCACCAGAGAGUUCUACAAGCAUGUCGUCUUCGCGCCGGGUCUGGAUACGGGCUAUGCCCCGGUCGAAUGGCCCGGGGUUACAGAGGCGGUUGACGGCGGUAACCUGACACUGGCGCAGCAGUGGGUCGAGAAGUCGGCGAGGGCUGUGGAGGUUGCGGCGAAUAUCCUGGCGCCGUGA